AUGGCUCCGGCACUGAAGAAGUACAACUGGAUCCUCGCGCUCACGACCAUUGCCUUUGUGUUCUCAUCUGCUUCCAAUGGUGCGAACGAUGUUGCCAACUCUUACGCUACGUCUGUCGCUGCCCGGACACUGCAGAUGUGGCAAGCUGGUAUCCUGGCAUGCAUCACAGAGUUCGUCGGAGCAGUUGCUUUGGGUUCUCGAGUGACCUCAACGAUCAAGAGCGGCGUUUUUGGACUGUCGAAGUUUGAGCCGAACCCCCCUACCUUCAUGUUGGUCAUGGGAUGCGCAGAAGUUGGGAGUGCGACGUUUUUGACCAUUGCGACAUUCUGGGGUAUGCCCGUCAGCACGACUCAAACCGUAGUGGGAGCUCUCGCGGGUGCUGGUAUUGCGGCACAGACCCCUUUGAAAUGGGCAUGGGCAAGUGGCAGUCUCAGUCAGAUUGCCGCUUCCUGGGCCAUCGCUCCCCUCAUCGCGGCUGGCUUCUCAGCGGCUCUGUUCUUGUCGUUGAAAUUUCUCGUCUUGGAGAGGAAAGAACCUUUCAAAUGGGGAAUGAGACUGAUUCCAUGGUACCUUGGCUUCACUGCAGGUGUUCUGGCCCUCUUCAUCAUGGACGAGCUUCCUAAUGGAGAAUCGCUGGAAGAGAUGGGAGCGGGCAAAGUUACCGGCAUUAUUCUGGGUGUCGCGUUUGGUGUUGUGGCAUUCUCAUACGUCUUCUUUGUGCCUUACUUCCACCGUCGACUUGUCAAAAAUGACGCACGAAUGCGUGCCUGGCACAUUCCGCUCGGCCCUCUUCUGUACCGAGAAAAUCCUCCAAUCUAUUGGCCCGGAAAAGGAGACCAAGCCGUCAAAGACUACUACGCGAAGACCUCAGUGGAAUCCAACUCUGCCGAUAUUGAGAAAGCCCAUAUGAAAGACGAUCAGGAUCAACCCAAGAAUUUGGGUCCUGAAACCAACGGCGACGCUAUAUCCACCGCGAUCGAUGCCAAUGACGGGGAUAGCAACGCUACCUCGGAGAGAGCCAAGGGUGGCUUGUCGAUUCCCAAGCAAAACCGACUGUCCGCGCACGUUGUAGCAGCGACGCCUGAACCUGAAGAGCGUUGGCUAACGCCUGUACGCGAUUUGCCCAUGUGGUCCCCGAAGAAGAUCGCGAAUUGGACAAAGUUCAUCCUGCUCCAGGGAGUUAGUCGGGAUGUCGUAACCCAGAAGAACCUCGGUGCUGUUCACGCGCGAGCCAUAGUCUACGACAACCGUGUAGAGCAUCUGUGGACCUACGCUCAAGUUGCAUCGGCAAUGAUGAUGUCUAUUGCGCACGGUUCCAACGAUGUCGCAAACGCCGUCGGUCCAUGGGUAGCCAGCUACAACACAUACACCAGCGGCUUAGUUACCUCGAAAGCUGACACACCAAUUUGGAUUCUUGUUGUUGCUGGUCUGCUGCUCGGCUUGGGCUUCUGGUUCUAUGGCUACCACGUUAUGCGCUCGCUCGGCAACAAGAUCACUCAAGUUUCUCCUACCCGUGGUUUCGCCAUGGAACUCGGUGCCGCCAUAACCGUUCUUCUUGCCUCUAGGCUCGCUUUACCGGUUUCAACCACACAGUGCCUCACUGGUGCCACUGUUGGUGUGGCGUUGUGCAACUUUGAUGUCCGCGCCGUCAAUUGGAAGCAGGUUGCCUUUAUCUUCUCAUCUUGGGUCAUUACAUUGCCUUCCGCGGGUUUGAUCUCGGGUUUGCUUAUGGUCAUGGCCUUGAAUACCCCUCACUUCUAA